UCCACUAAUAACCAAAGGAAGAAGCUGAGCCGCAGUUAUUUGUUGUGAUUUCAUUACGCAGCCGACGCUGGACUCUGGGCUCUCAUCGGGAAUAUUAAUGCUGUAUUCACUGUAUCUUUAGGAACCAGGGAAAUAACGGAGAGUACAACAUUAAUAAUAGAUCCAUGGAAUACAACUUGCUGUUUCCGUCCUGCUGACUUCACCACCUGACCUUAAAUGAUAAGGUCCAUCGUUAGCAACUCCCCCUUAAAUGUAUCCUGCUGUCCAGUGGAGUGAGGAGCAGUAAAUCGGCAUUAAAACACAGCCUGCACAGUCAGUGCUUUCCAACCUGUCCAUCAGUCCUCUGGAGUGGCUCUUUUUGUGGUGGAGGGACAGGAGGGAGACCCAACAGGCUGAGAGACAGCAGGACAGACAGGACUCAGGAUGCCUCUAUUCUUCAGAAAGAGGAAACCCAGUGAGGACUCUAAGAAGAGACUGGAAUAUCAGCUGUGCCUGUCUAAGGAGGCCGGUGCUGAUGACAUCCUGGACAUCUCAGCCUGUGAGCUCUCAGAGGUUCCCUCGAGUGCCUUUUCCAUUAGCAAGGUUCUACAGAAGAAGGUCCUUAUUCUCCACAACAAUGAACUGAGGUCAUUACUGCCCAAAGGGUGUGACAUCAGCACUCUUGCCACUUUAAAGGUUUUGGACCUACAUGAGAACAAGCUCACAUCACUCCCAGAGGACAUUGGGAGGCUGGCAACUCUGCAGAUUUUGAAUGUGGAGAAGAACCGUUUAAGGGCCCUGCCGCAGUCCAUCGGGGAUCUGCGGCUACUGCAGACGCUCAAUGUGAAGGGUAACUGUCUCAGUGAGCUGCCGUCCUCGAUUGGUUCUUUGAGCAGCCUGCGGACCCUGGACCUGAGUGACAACAAAAUCGUCGAGCUCCCCAAAGCUCUGGUCUACAUCCGCACUCUAGAGAGCUUUUCACUGGAUGCCGCCACGAUGACCUACCCACCUGCGUCUGUGUGCGCAGAGGGCACAGAGAGCAUCCAGCGCUUCCUGUGUGAUGAGCUGGGAGAGGAGUACUGCCCGCCCUCCCAGUAUCUCCUGCCCGUGCUGGAGAACGACUGCGGCAAACAGAACUCUGACUGUCUGGAUGGCCUGGAGGAGGCCUGGCAGAACAGAUUCAGUGACUACGAGAAGAGAAAGGAGCAGAAGCAGCAGGCGAAGCUGGACUUCGAGCGGCACCUGGAGGAGAAGAAAAAUGAACACACCCAGCUGAUACUUAUGAACACCUCCCGCAAGGAAAACAUCCUCAACUCAGUGCGACAGGAGCAAGAGCGACUGGAGCUGGGGGUUAGCCAGCAGCAGAGAGCUCAGGAGGCCGAGAGGCUGCUGGUGCUGGAGAAGGUCCGACAAGCUGAGGAUGGCAUCAGUAGUCGCAUCAGUAACAUGUUGAUGGACAAAAACAGGCAGAAAAAAAGUGCAGAGUUUCUUCAAGCCCUGGAGGAGGAACGGAUCCGUAUGGAGCAUCUGACUACCAUCACACAGGAAGAAGCCAAUUCACUGAGGAGGAGGGAGGUGGCAGUGGCCAUGCAGAAGAUGCUGUCAGACAGCUGUGCUAUGAGCCUGCUCCAGGAGGCCAGUGACUUUCGCAGAAAGAGCCUGGUGUCUGAGGCUUGCAGAAGUAUGGAGAAUUUGGACAGGAAGUUUGAUAAGAUGCUGUCCCUCCAAGUUUUGGACAAAUCGAAAGCCAUUGCCCACAUUUUACAGGAGGAGGAGAUGCAGAAGGCAGCGUUCCAGGCCCUGCAGCUGCAGAAAGACGCCGUACACGGCCACAUCCGUAACCAGAUCAAGCUCAUAGAGGGUGAAUUAUUGCAGCUGACUAGAUUGGAGAUUAAAAGACGCAAUCUGGAUGCUGAAAACCUGCAGGAGGUUCUGGUGGAGCAGCGCACAGCUCUCAGUGAUUUGUUGCAGCAGCUGCUGAAGCAAAGAGACCAGAGAGAGCAGGAGCUGCGGCAGUUUCUGGUGGAGAUGGAGCAGAAGUCUGAGUCCAACCAGCAGAACUACUGGAUGAUCCAGUACCAGAGGCUGCUGGAUGCUAAGCCCCUGUCACUGCGCAUGCAGGAAGCCGGCGUGGAGAAAGAGCUGGUCAACCUGUUAUGCAAACUGUCAGCUCAGCAUUACCUGCCCGUCCUGGCUCAUCAUCGAGUGACAACUGAGGCCCUGCGACACAUGACCUCGUCUGACCUCAAGAAGCUCGGCAUCAAUGAAAUAGGAAUCCAGAAAGCUCUUCUGAACUGGGCUCGGGAGCAAAACCCAGAAGGAGCCUGUAAGGCUGUCCAGCAGGACGAAGACGAGGAACAAGAGCGCGCCCCCUCGGCUCCACCUCCUUGCUCCCCUCCUGCGUUUCCUAGCACCUCCAUCCAGAUGCCAAGCCCACCGCUCACCCCAGGGACACCCGUCACCCCCUCGGCCCCCAGCCCCGUGGAGGGACCAGGGAGCUCAGAGUGUGUGGUCUGCAUGGAGACCGGGUCUCAGAUCAUCUUCCUGCCCUGUGGUCACGUGUGCUGCUGUCAGGUGUGCAGCGAGGCUCUGCAGAACUGCCCUCUGUGUCGCAGCACCAUUUCCCAGCGCGUUCGCCUCUAUCGCAGCUAGGACCGGCCGCACUGCGCUGCUCCUUCACUGACCGCAUCUCUGUAUUUAUGCAUGAUUAUAAAGCUGCUGUUAGCUGGCCACGUCCUGUUGUAGCUUUUAGCAGGUUGUCAAAGAGCUGAGCCACUUUCCUGAAUUAACCACAGUACUUUGUGAUGUACAUGUCAGAAAAGAAUUAUUUUAACAAUGUUUUUUUGUUGUUGUUGUCACUGGCGUCUGAGCCUGUUUUAUUUUGUUCUUCUGAAUUUUAUUUUUUUCUAAUAUAUAUAUUUAGAGCUGUGUGGACUCCGCCACUCACUGGUGGAAGACGACUGUUCUUUGCCUUUUUAUAGUUUCUCAAUUGAUCUGUGCCUUUCUCUGGAAAUCUCGUUUUUUUAAACAAUACGACUCCUCUGUGUUGUCAACCAAAGUAACACCUGUCCAAAGUUUGCCUAAGGUAACUAAAACAUAAUCUGUU